GAAGACUGUGAGCCGUGAUCAUGUCCCCCCAUCACAUUUUCAUCUUCUUCUUCAUCUGUCUGCAGGAUGAACUCGCAGCUCUCACUCAUGACCAUAUAGACAUCUACUAUGCCAUACCUGAAGGAGGAAAUGCUGAAAUUGCCUGUCCGCCUUCUUCAGCAUCGACUAGAAAGUUCUUCUGCAGAGUAGAAUGUAAGAAGAAUGACAUCAUCAUCCAGACGACUGAGGAGAGACAUCAGGAUGGCAGAUACAGCAUCGAAUGGAGGGGGAGAAGAGGAACAUCAUCAGGAGACGUUAAAGUGACAAUCUCACAGGUGACCACAGCUGAUAAUGGACAGUACCGCUGUGGUGUGGGCGGAGCUUCAUCUGAGUCAUACAAGUUCAUAGAAAUCAUCGUUGUAGACGCUCUCCUGAAGGGAAACAGAAAAACGCCCAUCUAUGAGAGAACUGGAGGAAACCUCACCGUUGCGUGCUUCUUUUCUUUCUCUUCAUUGUUCACUGUGAGGAAAUCCUUCCUCUGUAGAGACACCUGUACAGACGCUUUAAUAGAAACAGCUGAUUACACAGCACAGGCUGGAAGAUACUCCAUCAGAUACAUAAAAUUUCCAGAUGGAGGAUCUGUGUACGCCAACAUCUCACAGCUGACCACAGCAGACUCAGGAACCUACACCUGUGGUCUGAAAAGAAUUGUGAAGAAUCUGAACUGGGUAUUUGAAGUUGCUGUCACAGACGAUUCAACCACAGUUAAACAAAAUGUAACAAUGUCAACAUCAGUCCCACCAUCCUGGAAACCAAAAACACCACCUACCAAACCAGGAGCUAAAUCCCUGGAAACCACCGAGCAGCCUGCAGCAUUGAUUUCAGAAGUGCUGCUGUACGUGGGGCUGCCUCUGCUCACUCUGGCUGUUUUCUUAUCUCUAACUUCGCUGCUACUCUGCAGGAGGAAGUCUUCAAAACUGAACGAAGCACAAACAGAAAUGGAAAACCACACAGUCAUGGAGAACGUCCCAGAAGAAGACAGCCCAUCUCCUCCUGGUGAAAACAUUUACUCUAACACCGUGGGUAUCAGCCUAGACCGAAUGGAAACAGACCGUCAAAACACCUCUGUCAUUGGAGCUGAUGAUCAGUAUACAGUCCCAUCUCAUGGCAACCAUCUCCCCGUCUCUGGGAUUAAAGAGUCCGUCUACGAGAGUUUAGAUCCAGCCACCAGAGAGCAAUGCUACUCCACACUGAGCUACAGAUCAAAGGAUGCUGCUGGAAGCAGUCCAUAGGAUAUUUACCCUACUAUAUAUAAAUUAUAAUAUUGCUGUAUUGCAUUGAAUAUAAUUUGUAUUUUAAAAACGUAUUAAUAUUCGAAAGCUAAAGUAACUUUUCGAGGAAAGGGGAGGUGCAACAACGAGGAUGCAGAGGGAUGCCUUUGGAUCAUUUUUCAGUGUGGACCAACAGAAAUAACUGAAAGACCUCUAAAUGAUGCAGCUGGCUAUCUCAACCACUCAUUAUUCCUUCAUUGCAAUCUGUAAAGCAUUGUUGGAGGGCCCUCUAGUGGAGAAAUGCGUAACUACAUGGUGAUUGAGGCACUGGCAACUGAAUGUUAUGUACAUACACAUUAAUAAUCAUGAUAAUAAUAUAUGUGCAUAAAUAUUCUAUCAUUCAAAAUCUGCAAAUAAUAAAUGAAAUGUGACUGGGACUGUAGGCAAAGAUUGACAGCCCUAAAUUAUACUGUACAACAUUCACAUUAACCACAUAAGAUUAUGUAGUUAUGUAGCUACGUAGGUAACACGGAUAAAUUUGCUUAAGUAGACAUAGCAUUAACUAACGUAGCUAACAUAGCUCUUAAGCUAUAACUACAUUAGCCGAGCAGUGUUAAUUUUGGCAUCUAUUAUUAAUGUUAGUUUUAGUUUUAGUCUUUAAAUGGAAUGUCUUUUAGUUUUAGUCACAUU